AUGGAUAUCGAAGAGCAGUUAGAAAGAGCCGAGCAAUCGCCUGACCCAUCGCUUGUUGGGUCGUCCAUUAGGUCCGCCGACGAUUCGGCGCACAAUAACUACAUUCAUCCCAGUAAAACCAAACCCAAGAAGAAGAAGAGUGCAAGUAAGAAGAAGUUGAUGAAUAGUUCAAUUGGGAGUUCUUUGGAUGAUUUGAUCAGCGAGGGGGCGUUGUUGGGGUCCGAAGAGGACUUCACCAAGUUCUUGGAUGAUGACGGUAACGUGAAGGACGAUGCUAGGUACGUCAAGGAGAAGGAACAAGCUGAAGCAGAAAAGUCUUCUCCUUUGAAGGCGGUGAUCAAUUCAAACGAUUUCCAAGGGAAGGACGACGAGGAGGUGAAAGAGGAAGCAAAAGAUGAAAAGGAGGUGAAAGAGGAAGCAAAAGAUGAAAAGGAGGUGAAAGAGGAAGCAAAAGAUGAAAAGGAGGUUAAUGAGGAAGCAAAAGAUGAAAAGGAGGUAAAAGAGGAAGCAAAAGAUGAAAAGGAGGUUAAAGAGGAAGCAAAAGAUGAAAAGGAAGUCAAAGAGGAAGCAAAAGAUGAAGAAAAAGAGGUAAAACAAGGUAAUAGCUUUUAUCAACAAGAAGACUACUCCACGCCCAACUUAUCUGAAUACCAACUUGAUAAUCAAAUCAGUAACCAUCAAGAACUAUUAGAUAAUGUCAAGUCUCACGACCACCACCGGUUGCCAACUUCCAAUGAUCGGGAAAUUUCAAAAUCAAAUGAGGUUUUCAAAAGGUCUCCCGAGCCUGCUCAUGUUGCACCUUUGCAUACCGAACAAAGAAGACCUUCUUCUAGAUCAAGAUCAAGAGGCCCUAGAUCGUCGUCUCUCAUUGAUAAAUCCUCUGAUCGUUCAAGAUCUUCAACCAGAAAUCCUCAUUUGGCUCGUGGGGACUCUUAUAAAAAUACUCAUGACAUUGAACCUUCUACUUAUGAAUUGCCGGCUGAUUUGGAAGUUCCAAAUGAAGAAGUCGAACAAGAUGAAGAUAGAAGAACUAGACAAUCUAAACCAACAAUGGGGGAGUCAAUUGCUGCCGCUGAAGCUGCAAAAGCUUCGUCUGAUUCUCAAGAUUUCCAUUCGGAUGUCUCGUCAACUAGAGAUCCUUCCUUAGUUACCACUGGUGAUUAUACGAAUUUCAAUGCUGAUAGACCGGAUGUCAAUAUAAAUUCUUCAAAUAAUUUAUAUUCAACUAGAUCGGAAAGUUCAACUAAUUAUUUACGUUCAAUCUCAAGAUCAAAAUCAAGACAACCAAAACAAUUAGAAAAAAACGAUUUGGUUAACCAACACAAUAUCAUUCAUGAAAAAAAUGAUGCUGAUUCAACCAAUUUGGCUCAAGAAGGGGCUUUGAUUUCAGAAGACCCUUAUGAAAGAAUUACCGGAUUAGAUAACAUGGUUGAAAAAGUGGUUAACGAUGGUCAAAAUACCGUUGAUUCAAAAGAUUUGCAAAACUCUGAAAAAAAUGAUAAUUCGAAAGAAGAAAAAAACAAGAAAGAAGUUGACGUUUCAAAAGAGUUAACCGGUACCGCUAUCGAAUCCAAAGAUACAAAAAAUAAUGAUGAUCCUGUAGCUACAGAACCAUCGGAAAAAUCAGUUGGAAAUAAAACUGAAAGCUUAGAUGCCACUGAUGACACUAAUGCUAAAAAUUUACCAAUGGAUCAAAAUGAUGUUCCACUUGCUGCCAAGAAUUCUCUUGCUGGUGAAGCAGCUGAAGCAGUUUCUUCAACUGCUAUAGUAAAUGAUGAAUCUGACAACAAAGUUGAUGAAUCUGACACUAAAAAAGUUGAUGAAUCUGAGGAACUCAAAGAUGAACCGGAAUUUAAAGAGACGGAAGAGAAUGCACAAUCCAAAGAGGUUGAUGCAGAAAAAGUAAGUGAUGUUCCUGCAGAAACAAAGGUUGAAGAAACUGAAAAGCAGAUACUCGAUGAAGAAGCACCAAGUUUGUCUACAAAAGAUAUCAAAUCUGAAAGUACCCCAGAAGAAUCAAAAGAGAUUAAAGAUCCAGAAAAAGUGGAAGAUGAUGUCAAUGUGGAUUCUGCUCCAGGCGAUCAAAAGGAGACUGAUCCGGCCAUUUCCAACUCCCAAACUGUUACUGCCGACGAAAUUAAAGUCAACGAUAAAACCGAAGGCGUGGCUGAUCAAGUUGCUGCUGCCGACAUUGAACCAUCAGAGGUAUCUAGUAAAGAACCUGAAGUUACAAAAGAUGAAACUGAAGCAACCGUAGGUGAAGGAAAGAAGGCCAAUGUUGAUGCUCAUACCGAAGCUAAUGAUGACGGAAAGGAGUCCGAAGCUAAGGAUAUUGAAGCUAAAGAUAUUGAAGCUAAAGAUAUUGAAGCUAAGGAUACCGAAUCUAAGGAUAUUGAAGCUAAAGAUACCGAAUCUAAGGAUACCGAAUCUAAGGAUACCGAAUCUAAGGAUACCGAAUCUAAGGAUACCGAAUCUAAGGAUACCGAAUCUAAGGAUACCGAAUCUAAGGAUACCGAAUCUAAGGAUACCGAAUCUAAGGAUACCGAAUCUAAGGAUACCGAAUCUAAGGAUACCGAAUAUAAGGAUACCGAAUCUAAGGAUACCGAAUCUAAGGAUACCAAAUCUAAGGAUAUUGAAUCCAAGGAUAUCGAAACAAAAGAUGAAUCAAAAGAAGAAAAAGAUGAGACCAAGGAUGAAACCAAGGAGAUCGCAGCAGAAGCUAAGCCCGAAACCAAAGCCGCCGAUGAUGACCUAGACUUUGACGUUUCUCCAGAAGAAAUCCGCAAACAUUUAGAAAGCCAGCCAGUCUACAUCUUCACCUCUUUCGCCGGUGGAAUGCAAAUAAUCCCAAGAACCAACCGCUUGGCCACCAUUCUCCAAGCAAACAGCGUCAAAUUCGAAUACCGUGAUUUGGGUACCGACGAAUCAGCCAAAAAAAUCUGGAAAAGAAGUGCCAAUGGCAGAACCUUGCCUGGUGUGGUUAGAGGAGAUGAUCUCAUUGGUAAUUGGGAAGAAAUCGAUGAAGCCAAUGAAGAAUAUAAGUUGAGAGAAUUACUCUACGAGACUUUGUAA